GUGCCUUCUGCUUGGCCUCGCUUUACCACGUUCCCCGAGUACGCUUGGCCGGGGCGUUGCUGAAGCUAAGCGAGCAUCUGGUAAAGGAUGGUGUUCUUUUGGUCACGAUGCCUCCAGGGCAGCAAGAUCUUCUGCACCCGGAUGGCUGCUGGGUCAACAACAUGCCUGCCGAGGAGCUUACCGAGUUCCUGACGUCUGCCGGCUUCCACGUCGUGGCUUCGCCGAGAAGCGUGGACAUCUUCGGUUACGAGUCCACCCUUCUCGUGGCCCGGAAUUGGGGAGUCAUCCAACCAGGGAGGCUGCCCGCCGGCCCGUCUCCAGGGCCGAGCACCAACUCGGCUUACGUCAAGGAGUCGGCGAAGGCCUAUGCAGCAUCCGUUCCG